AGAAAAGCCUUCUGCCCUGCUCUGAAAUGGAGGUGUGGAUGUGACGCAUGCGCACUUCGUCCACAACCAUCAAGUCCCGUCCACAAGCGCAGACAUCAACAAGGGAGCGGGUUACGGGUAUGCGGGUCGAUUUUCAUAACAGUCACAUCGUAAGGACGCACUUUUUGGGAAUAUUACAUUGAAUCAGCCACACGCAGCUUGCAACAAGAUGUUUGGCUUUCAUAAGCCAAAAAUGUACAGGAGUCUGGACGGCUGCUGCAUCUGCCGUGCAAAGUCCUCCAGCUCUCGCUUCACGGACAGUAAGCGGUACGAGAAAGACUUCAGAAGCUGUUUUGGACUGAGUGAAACUCGAUCUGGAGAAAUCUGUAACGCCUGUGUCCUCCUCGUGAAAAGAUGGAAGAAGCUACCUGUGGGAACCAAGAAGAACUGGAACCACGUUGUUGAUGCCAGAGGAGGUCCCAGCUUGAAGAUAAGUUCCAGGCCCAAGAAAAUAAAGUCCAUCUCCAAGAAAGCACGGCCGAGCCAGAUCAGCCGGCUGCAGAAAGAGCUCAAGAGAAACAAUUCAGAUGCCCACAGCACCACCUCCAGUACGUCUCCAGCUCAGUCUCCUAGCUACAGCAACCUGUCAGAUGACGGCUCAGACAAUGAGCUCACCCCAGGGUCCAGUCGCUCUCCUGUUUUCUCAUUUCUGGACCUCACUUACUGGAAGAGGCAAAAGGUUUGCUGUGGAAUAAUCUACAAGGGCCGCUUUGGGGAAGUACUCAUCGACCCCCAUCUGUUCAAACCAUGCUGCCGCAAUAAACAACGGCAGCAGCACCAACCAGAGGAGGAAGAAGAGGAGGAGGAGGAGGAUGAAGAGGUGGAGGAUGAAGAGGUGGAGAUAGAGGAGGGUCAGCGUGGCGUGGAUGCUAUCGGGCAGAAAUCCCUGACGGAAGAGGAAGUGAAGGAGACACCACGGUGUGACCAAAAUGUUGGUCCUGCACAGCUAUGUGUUACCGUGACAACAUCUCCACCCAGGAGCGGGGCAGUGAUGGAGGGUGGAUGGUAAAGUCAAAACAAGGUCUGCAUUACUCUGAAGAAAUCUUGGGGUGCUGUUUUUCUUUUCUUUCUUUUUUAAGCACUUACAGAAAGUAGUAACCUCAGAUUGCCUUCGGUCAUUAAGCAGUGGAAACCCGUUUGUUCUUCUCCAUAUAAGAUGGAGGUUUGUGUAUUUGGUUGAAAUGGUAAUUUAUGACCUGUUGUUUUUCCACUUUGUCUCUUAUUUUGUAUUUAAUAUUCAAACCAUAAUCUGUGGUGUUUUUGAUAUCCUUUAGGUGAAAUGCUGGAGCUCUAGUAAUUUAGUUUAAAUGAUUUUAUUCCAAAACGCAAUACAUCCACUUACUCUCAGAAGGAGUUGCUACUUUAAAUGCAUUACUCAACAUUUUACACAUACAGCUGAACUCAUUCUCAUGUGGCUGCUUUACAAGCAUACAUGUUAGGAUCUAUUAUUCAAAGGCAUUACUUUUGCUUUGUUAUGAGUAGAUAGCUCUUUUUUGAAAUGGUGAAACGUUUUGGAAUGAAUGACACUCCAUGUUGACAGAGCAAAGACAUGUACCGUAGUUCCUGUGUUUGUCCCUUUUCACAUUGACAUCCAAUCCUAUCCAAGAGUUUGUGUGUUUAAGACUGUCUGUGUGUGCAAAUAUGUGAGUGGGUCCCAUUUAAACAAGGCCUAUUCACAGCUUCAAUAGCAAAUACACCAGCCUUAAUAAUGUAUUAGAGACAGUGCUAGUGUUAAUUAUGGAUCGGUAUUAAGGAACACAAGGGACAGUAUAUUUAAUGUGGCCUCAGCAACACGUAGUGCAUUUUGGCAUGAAUGGCAAACCCACUCAUACAAAAGACUGAAUGAUCUGAUGCAUGAGUCUACUAAAAUUGCAUGGCCUUAUAAUAACUGUAAAUCUUACUUUUUUAUUUUUUUGUAAUCCAUUUUGCUGAAAUUUUGACCUUAUUUUUAUAUGUAAGAAAAAAAGCAAAAUCCCACAUAAUACAACAGCAAAAAACACAAUCGGUCUAUAGUGAUUUAGCAAUAUCAAUAUCAGUGAUUCCUGUCAUUCUUGGGUCAGUACAGGUAAAAUACUUUAUACAAGUUGAAAUGCUAUGCCAUUGCCUCUUUAUAUACCACAAAUGUGUUGUGAUAUAUAGCCUAAUAUUACUUUAUUUAUCAAACAAAAGCCAAAGCACAUUGAAAUUCACCCAUUUUCUAAUCAAUGCAGGUUUUCCAUGGACACUUCUGCUUGUCUGAGGUCAUUUGUAUGUAUGUUUUUUGGUAUUCUAAACAGAACACUAAUAGGAAUUUUCAUACAUGUUUUUUGUAGUCAGGAGCAAAGGGUGACUUACAGUAUGUAAAUAAGGGGUUGGGUGAGCCAUAUGGCUCUUUUAUGGAUUUCAUUAUUUAUUUAUUUCAUAUUUAUUUGUAUCACUGCAUCCCCGCUUACAAGUGUAAUAUUAAUUAUUUUAUCCUUUCAUUAUACGUAGAAUAGUUUUGUACCUAAGAAAUCGAAUGUGAUCUCACACAGGCUUUGUUUAAUAUUGCAUUGAAUUACCAGUUGUCAAUAUUUGUGAAAUGUUGUCAUGUAUUUAUUUACUCAUCAGUUGCGUGCAACCUAACUUAUUCUGUAUCUUUCCUUUGGAUCUGCAUCACGUAGACUGAAACAUAUAGAUUGCAACCAAACUGUACUUUUUCUCCUUUUAGCCAUUAGCUUAAGAUGUUUCAGAAUUGUAGGAUACUAGAUUUGCAUGUAUUGUUGCUAUGCAUUUACUUAGCUUACAAGUUAGAAAAAGCGGUUUUGUAUUUUUUAUAAAUCAUGUACUUUUUUUACCUAUCCGUUAAUAAAAGUAAAUUUUGGA